GCUAGUCGCGGCCGGUCGUGCUGUGUCCUGUGGCCCACGCCCUGGGUCGGGGAUGGGGGAGUGCUUCCCGGGAUGGGAGGGAGUCGAUCGGAUGGCGGGCCAGCCGGGGGUGGGGUUGCUUCCCGGGGCGGCAGGACGAGCCCCCUUCGGCGUCCGUGCGGUUCCGGCGCCUCCGGCUGGGGCUGCAGGGGAGGAGAGCCCGGUGCCUCAAGCAGCCCGGCGGUCCCCGCCCACUCAGCGUGAAGCAGCGGCUCCGCUUCCGGAAAAAGCUGACAGUUAAAAUCGAGUUUGUUCUGCCAGACUCGGGAACUGCGAUCGUGAGGCAUGGAGAUCCAAGAGAAACAACCACAAAAUUAGCAUUCUUCUGGAGAAGCUCCAGUAAGAAAGUAGUCAGUCACCCACGGAAUAGGAGAGUGAUACUCAUCCAGGAUGGAAGUGUGUCCUUACUGUAAAAAGCCAUUUAAACGAUUAAAAUCCCACUUACCAUACUGUAAGAUGAAAGGAUCAACUGUACCGGCUGAUCAGAAAGCUUGUCAGUCCAAGCUCGCUACACGCCCACACGCUAAAAAAAUGAAAGGGCCAAUCACAGACUUAAAUAACACUAAAGAGAGAGAGUUGGAGACGGAGAGUAAGAAGAGAGAUACCAACUUGGUAAAAGACAAACCAGAACGGGCAACAAAGUCUUUUCCACUAUUGGCUGUUGGUUUGGAAAGAGCAGGUAGUAAAAAGGCAGAUAAAGACAUCCAGAAUCAAGUUCAGUGCUCCAUCAAAAAGUUGAAAAAUACUGACCCAAAGAUUACUUUCCAGGGAGAAACGAAGGCUCAGUUUUAUGCAUCAGAGGACACCACUCCUGAAAGAGAACUUGUCAGAUAUUUGCCUCCAUCAGGGGAAAGUAGAAGUAACCUUUCAGAAACUGAAACAUCUUUGCCUCUUGGCCCAGUAGAACCUUUUUCAUCAAAUCAAGAUAGAAAAUACUCUUCAGCUUUACCCAGUGAUGUUCAGACCACUUCUACUGAUUUAAGAUUGGACAAAAUUGAUCACCCAAGACAGAAGCUUCUAGUAAAUUUACCAGAUAAGCCUGUUGGUGAUUAUCACAGUUCUCCCAUGAAUCUCAAUUAUGGGGUUGAAAGACUACAAACAUCAUUGUCAAGCAAUGAGAGACAGUCCGAGGCCAGGGACCACCUCUCAGAAGUCUCUUCUCGUGUUAGAGACUCUGAGAUUCAAGAAAAGAACAUGGAAUCACAAUUGUUAAAUUUUAAAGUUAGCGCAGUCGACAUCCCAGUCAGGGAGAACCAAGGAAAAGGACUGAACCUUGGAACAGAGGCACACGGGAGCAGAGGAAAUGCAGAGAAAAGCGUAUCUGUAAAAGCAAUCCCGGAAUGGGCUUCUGUGAACGGUGAUGCAAAGAACAUCAGGAGUAAUGAUUCAGCCACAGAGAAGAAAGGUCCAGAUGAAGGUCCCAGUUUAAGUUUGUUCACUCCAAGAGAGACAGCCUGCAGUGGGCCGUUCCCUGUGUCACGGUCGUAUAAUGAAAGCCUUGCCUCUCUGGCUGUCAGAUUUUUUCCAGAAGAGAAGGCAGAAGCCUGCAGCCUUAACCGAGUCCCUGUUGUGAAGGUGUUAACAGAGAGUGAAGGAGCCUCGCUGCAACACAAAUCUGGCUAUGGGCCCGAAGUGUCACACCCUGGGUGCCAACAGACCUUCCAUUCAAUCCUGCCUCGCGCCUCUUACAGCCCCUUCAGUCAGACUGGCAUUGCUGAUAGGCAGACCCUUUCAAGCUCCCUGGGGCUGGAGUGGUUUCCAGAGCUCUAUCCUGGUUAUCUUGGACUAGGAGUAUUGCCAGGGAAGCCCCAGUAUUGGAAUGCAAUGACCCAAAAGCCUCAGCUCACCAGUCCCCAGGGGGAGAGACUCUCAAAAGUUCCUUUGUUGGAAAGAAGCUCGACUGCUCUCAGGAGUUUGGAACCCCCGACCAGACUUACAACCUCCAACUUGUCUCUGAUGAGGCUCUUGGGAGCUGUCCAGAAAGGCUGGAUCAGGUGCAGCACCACGGUGAGAAGCGGAGUUGGGGGCAUCACCAUGCUCUUUACGGGGUACUUCGUCCUGUGGUGCAGCUGGAGUUUCAGGCAUCUGAAGCUGCAGCGUUGGCGUAAGUGAUGACCUGGACACCGAGUACGGAAGCUUGGAGCCUCCAGGGAGCAUAUGCUGGGGACACCUGCAGUGCAGAUUUAACAAUUUAAAAUGGUUUGGGGGAGAGGGAGUGAAAAGAAUAAAAUUAUUGGAAUCUAAAACAGUUA